UCGCAGACUUGAAUGUCCCGUGCGAGGGCCGCCCUUUCUUCCAAACAGCUGCAAUCGCGAGGCAUCUUAAUCUGGACAGACGUGCCGCCGCCUGAAGCGAUCUGAGUGUCGCUGCCUCAUGUUGUGGACGACUGGAACCUAAGUCUGGAAUUUGGAACCAUGCCUCGCAGAAAGAGGUCGUAUAUUCCCAAGAUCAAAGGCUGCUAUGAAUGCUCGCAGCGUCGCAUAGACUGCGACAGAACAGAGCCGUCUUGCCGAAAGUGUGACUCCAAGAGCCUCAGCUGCAGUGGCUUUGGCCCCGUCAAGUUCAGGUUUCGCGACGGACUGUGCAGAGGGAGCAAGAAGCCAGGUGAGAGGAGAUACUGGAGAAUGAUGGCGAGCGCUGCAGCAGGUGUUUCGGCGCCAUGCAGCAUCGAUUCCAACAACACCACGCAAGCAGUCCAAUCGCCCAGAGAUACCACAGAAGACGACGAACCAAGUGCCUCUGGUAUCUUGACCGAGUAUGCGUCAAGUAGCGACACUUGUUUCUUCAGUGACGACGACGCAGCUGCCACAGUAGAACAACAUCAAGAUGGCGACCUGGCCUUGGCCUCACCACCCAGCCCGACUGAGGACGUAUACCGAGCUGAAUACGCCUACUUGUCUCCGGGACUGUCCUUAUUAGACUCUUCCACGAGAUUCCUAUUGUCACAUUUUUCCGAGCAGAUUGCACCUGAAAUGGUGGUCAUCGACAGCACAUGCAAUGGAUUCCGGCAUCUAGUCCUGCCCAUCGCGCUCACAGACGAUCUCGUCCUGAGCGCCGUGCUCGCCGCCUCCGCCUUCCACCUGGCGGGCAAUAAAGGCUACAACGCACAUCCCGAGUCAUUGUACGCAGGCGCCAUUCGCAAACUACAACAGCGGCGGGAGCUCACGGGCUGCGAUGUCGAGACAAGACAGAGAGUUAUCCUGGCUAUCGUGGUCCUUCUGGUGGUGGUCAUGAUCAACGGCUGCUCGGACUUUCCGGUUAUGUUCCGGAUGCUCCAGUCGGCGCUCGACGCCAUUGGUGGCGAGGAAGAACUAGUCCACGGUGGAGAGGUGGCCGAGUUUUCUCUGCGGCAGAUCCGAAAAAUGCGCGUGUAUGCUGCCCCUUUACUCAGUCCGGACGCAGGCCUCCAUGCCAUGACGGCACAAUCAGCCGCCAGCUUCGACUGUCUAACGUACUACAUGGACAGAUACCCACAGCAUGCAGAGAAGUUUUUCAUCCUGGCUGAUCUACGGCGUCAGGCAUUUAGCAUAUACAUCGACCGUGUGCUAGGCGUACCAUGGGUCAACGAGGACAGAGUCGAGAACUUUAUCGAGACUUUUGGAACGUUUCCCCGUGACGCGCCAGGGGAACAUAUUGUUACGUGGUCCAGUUUCAUUGUGGCGUCGGAAACGAGGAAUCCCGACAGUCAGGAGUUUUUCAGGGCAUUUCUGACCAGGCAGUAUACAAGGAAUGGAUUCGGGAAUAUCCCCAGAGCGCUAGAUCUGUUGGAAGCUGUGUGGAGUUCUGGUGGAGACGUGGACUGGCCAGCCCUGUUGCCUGAGCCCAAGGUGUUCAUCAUGUAAACUAUAAAUCAGUGCUUGCUGUAAUGAAAGCUUGAUACCA